AUGGCGGCCGCGCGCGCGCGCAGUGGCCGCGGUGUGCUCGAAUCGAUCUGUGAUGCGCAUCUCGACCUUGGCGGUCGCAUUCUUGCGUCCGAUCUGGCCCCAGGCGUCGCGCUCCACGACCAGCUCGGCGCGAGGGGCUGCCUCUCGGAGGACGAGCGCCGGCGCCGAGUCGAGUGCAACAUCAGCUCGAGUUCGAAUCGACCAAUGGGAAGCUCGCACUCGCGCGCGCGCGGCGACGCCAUGGCCUCGAUUCCGAGCCGACCAACUCGGCGCAUGACCCCAGCAGCCCCCACGGACUACCCUACGAGUCCGCUGGCCGAAUCCGCGCGAUUGGGGCGUCGCGGAAGGCGACCCCCGGACGCGGGUGCCGGCCCUGUGUGUAAAGGGAAUAAAGCCUUCACUGCCCCCAAACUUGAUUCAUACCGUCCUCGAUACCUUGAGCCGCAAAGAAUAUCUCAAAUGUGCAAGAAAAAUCAUAACAUAGCGAAUAACACCAACCAAAUCACUCUCCAAAAAAGUGAGAUUGGCUUCAUCACCUCUAUAAAACUUGAGAAGAGCAAUGACUGCACUCAAUACGUUGUGGAAUUGGUAGCGCCGAUGAUAGAAGAAGAAUUGGACCUCACCAAUUCAUGGGGUGAGCAAACCCAUACUCUCGAGCGUGUGCUCAAGGCCCUGAUAUUAGACUUGAACCGAAUCCAUGAGCGUGUAGAUGUUUUACAAAAAAACCACGGUCCUAAAAUAGAUGCGAUAAAAUGCGGUCUUGAUGUUCUUGCAGCGAAUGUUCAGGGCUUCCAAACGCAGGAGGAAGGCAUCAAAUCACAAUGUCGCGAGCGUGCGAUUCUGCCAGAUGCACGCCCAAAGAAUGAAAAAAUAGCACCCAUUCGACUGCCAGCUGCAGGCGAGUGCAGAGAGCCACCCGCGAAAGUGAGACAAGGAGGGCAUUAUCCAUUGGGUGCAACGCGUCUUAAGGCACGGCAGAGAUGGCGAUGGGCUCUUAUGAAGAUUCGGAUGCAGAUGAUACGGGGGCGGAUACCAAUGACAUCGGUCGUCAUCGGGAGAAAAAAUUCCAUUGCAGUCCGUCUUAGACAGGUGGAAGACCUGGUGGACAACACAGACUACAAAAUCCGAUUCAUCUCAACUCACGCUGGUCCUGAAAAAGUGAAGAAGCUACUGCAAGCAACAACCUGGCUGGAGGAAGCUUUCGUUGGAGGUUUGAGUCAGGAGCCAUCAAAUUUUUCCGGGGUGUUGAGUCGGUUGGCACAUGUGGAGCGCAAAUGUGACACUGUUGCUAGACACGCAGCGUGUGCAUUCAAGGAUGCAACAUACCUGCGUUCUAAAACUGAGAAGACUGAAAAGGCCAUUAAGAACGCUCUUCCUCGUGCCCGUAGAGAGGCGGUGGGGCUCAUGCGUGCGCUCCGGAACACGUGUUUUGCUGCAAUGAGAUCGCGCGAUAUAGCUGUCUUGCCUGGGAGUAAUAAGCUUAUGCAGGGGUGGUUAGCACCCAUGUACCACCAGCUUGAGCGCGCUAAAGAAUCUCUCCAGAUUCCAUCGUCAGGGUAUGAGAUAGACCAGGAAAGUUCUGUCAACUUGAGCCAAUGGCGAGUCAAUGCCCUCGCGAUGGCUCGCUAUCUACACGUGAAAUUACGGGAUGAUGAACGCAUCCAGGAACACUUAAAUGUGUCAACACUGAAGGACGUGCCUAUCGACAUUGUUGGCGAUCAGGCUUACAAUGUUGAGAAAGCUGCUGAUGUGGGAUUCAUAAUUGAAGUCGUGGACAAAAUCACGCAUGCCCGCGAGCUCGCAGCAGCCAGUGCGGAAGCUUGUUUGCGAUCCCUCGUUGAUGCUUUAGCUAUGGAUCACGAUGAAUAUUCAAUGCGUCCCGGGACGAUCGCUCUGCAACUUUGGUGUCUUGGGCCUCAAGGCCCAGACGGAGGAAAAAUGCGUUCUCACUUUGAUGCGCUUGAUGCCGGGGUAGUCGCAGCACAGGCAGCCUUGUCGUUCGCACCUGAGUUAUCGUUUGUGGAGGAACUGGCCAGUCGCAUUGGGGCUGUCGAAAUGACGGAGACCAAUCGCCGACUCGAGCACGAUACCCCUGAUGGUACCGUCAUUGACGCAGCCACAGCGAAACGGACACGCGAUGAUAUCGAACACUUCCGAAUGGUGCUUGCGGAAAAUUCACAUUCGCUUGGUAGCCUUCGAUCUGAACUACAAACCAAGGCAGGGCAAGUGGAUACAUCAAGUUCUCUAGAAUUACUGCGACGCGAGAUCGUUCGGCUCGAUUCUUCGACCGUAGCCAAAACCCAACUAAAUGCUGGUUUAGCCACAAAGUUGGAUCGCCGAGAUCUUGGGCGCAUAGCAGCGAUGAUUGCUAAUGGUGACCUUGAUGGCAUCAACACAGCUGUUGCUUCCAAACUGCAAAAUCCCACCUUCCGCUGCCUCUGCUGUGAUAAACCGCUGACCGUAGCCGCCAAUACACACCUGCGCAUUUUAAGUGAGGUGAGCACGCUCGUGAAAACAAUGACAAAAGAAAUCUGUACACAUCUUGCAGGGGCGGAUUCAAACACUUCCCAGUCUCGCGUCAGAUCGCAUGGCAUCAGAGUUUGUGAGUUCUGUGUCCUGUGGUGAGACUAGUGACGCUGGGCUACGUGGAGUGAGCGCUGACGAUGACUCGCUGGAGACAAUGCUAACAACUAGACCAAAAACAAUGGGAGGAUCGACGGAUGGGAUUUCUUUGGCAUCUGGGGCCACGUUCAGUCGAUAUCCAAGUCUGCUGCCAACGCGAAAGCCUGUGCGAGCAAGGCUGAAGGAAAAAAAAGGGCACAUCAGUCAACUUUAAGCCGGAGCAGCUAUACGCUUGCCCAGAGGGUGAAUAUCCAACAGUUCAAGCAAGUGGCAUCCCAAGUGAGGAACCGCGACUGGUAUGACAAACCACCAUGCAGCCGCGUCGACGCACGCAGGCUCCACCAUCCAGGAAGGGAAGCAGGCUCGGCUUCAAAAUUAUUUACAUUACUUUGCUCCCUCACUAUCGCGACGUCACACUAUGGAGAUGGCACUGCACUCCCCCGUAACGUUGACCUCAACAAUGCAGACUUCAUACGGAGCUUGGGAGAUGCUUGGGCAUUAGAAAUAAAUGUCCAAUUUAAUAAUUUAAUUAUUUGGCAAUGGACGCGCCUCUACGAUCCCUGCGACUGCAUUUUGGCUCGAGGGAGGGUGUGCGUUGGCACGAUUUUGGAGAAGAGUGGUCUGAAGACCAUGGGGUUGCGCGCGCGCGCCCAUCGUCUAAAAGACCAUAAUGUGUGCGGUGUAGCUUCAUCUCUCAUAAGGUUAAAGUGCUUGUGUCGCGUCCACAAAGUUUGGGGCUCGCGCGCGACGAUCAUGGCGAUGCGACCCCUCGCUCUCACUACACCGCACACAUUAUGGUGCGACCUAAAAGGUCACCUGUCAGGUGCCUACCUAGACGUCGGCGGCGUCCAGCUAGAGGCUCUCGGGACCUUUCAGGUCCUGUCUGGUGUCGGGCGAGACGCCCCCUCGGACCUACCAGGUCGCGCCGCGUCUCCUGAAAGGUCGCGUCACGACCUAAAAGAACGGCGACUCGAAAGGUCGGUUUCGUCAGAUCGGCAGCGACCUGAAAGGUCGGCGACUAAAAAGGUUUCGCCAGGCAGGCCCGGGGACGGCUCCUUGAGGGCACGUUGCCCCGCUGCAAGAAGCCCGUGCGGCCUUCAAGAUGCCGCAUUACGACCGGCCCCACCUACCAGAACAAACGCGUUUAACUAG